AUGCCAUUGACUGGUUUCAGUACAGAACAGGAAGAAUCACCGCUUCUCAUUGUAAACGUAUUGCAAGCUUGAAAUUAACCACAUCUCCAACUAAAGCUUUAAAGGAAGUUUUGAGUUACAACCAAGUGCCUUUAACAGCUGCCAUGAAGGAGGGCUUGGCAAAGGAGGAUGAAAUUGAACAGGCACUAAUAAAAUACAUGAAACAGAAUGGACAUUCUGAUAUAAAAGUCGAAAAGUGUGGAUUUGUCAUUAGCAAGACCCAUGGACAUAUUGGUGCCUCUCCAGAUAGAAUAAUAUAUGAUCAGUCUGAGUCUAGCCCAGGUGUGGUUGAGAUGAAAUUUCUUCAGGUGAAGUCAGGGAAACCCUUGAAGAUAUUUUACUGA